UGAGGGACCGUCUGUCGCGGGACGGUCUGGGCAGCUAGGGCGCUGGGCCGGGAGGAGGCGGCAGCAGCAAUAACAGCCGGAACAACAACAACAGCCGCGCCGCGCGGAGCCGCGCUGCGCCGAGAGCCGCGCCGAGCCCAGCCCAGCCCAGCCCAGCCGUGCCGCGCCGCGCCGCGCCGUGCAGCCACCGGCUCCCCGCGCCCGCGCCCGCGAUCGCGAUGGCCCUGCAGAGCCCCGAGUCUGGAGAAGAGAAGGGGCCCUGGGAGGCGGAGGAGAAGGAGCCGGUGAGCAGCCCCGAGCCCGAGCUCACAGUGAGCACCCGCGGCCCCGGCUCCGGCCCCGGCCCGGGCUUCCAGCCCCCCGAGGGGGGCUACGGCUGGCUCGUGGUGUUCGCCGCCACCUGGUGCAACGGCUCCAUCUUCGGCAUCCAGAACUCCUUCGGGAUCAUCUACACACUGCUGCUGGAGGAAGAGAAAGGGGAGAAAAGCCAGCAAGAGUUUAAGGCAGCAUGGGUUGGAGCCCUGGCAAUGGGAAUGAUCUUCUUGUGUUCCCCCAUCGUGAGCAUCUUCACUGAUCGGAUGGGCUGCAGAAUCCCAGCGACGGCCGGGGCAGCUGUCGCCUUCAUCGGCCUCCUCACCAGUUCCUUCACCAACUCCCUGGAGGCCCGCUUCUUCACCUACGGCAUCCUGUUUGGCUGUGGGAGUUCCUUUGCUUUCCAGCCUUCUCUGGUCAUCCUGGGCCACUACUUCCAGCGGCGCCUGGGCCUGGCCAACGGGGUGGUAGCCGCCGCCAGCAGCCUCUUCUCCAUGUCCUUCCCUUUCCUGAUGAAGAUGCUGGGGGAAAAGAUCAAGCUGGCGCACACCUUCCAGGUGCUCAGCAUCUUCAUGCUAAUCCUCAUGUUCCUCUCACUGACCUACCGGCCCCUCUUGCCUACAACUCCCAACUCCCGGGCCAAGCUGGGCCGGAGCGUCUGGCAGCAGUGCGUGGGUCACUUGAGUAACUACUGCAACAUGAGGGUCUUCUACUACAGGACCUAUCGCAUCUGGGCAUUUGGCAUCGCCACCGCAGCUCUGGGCUAUUUCAUCCCCUACGUGCAUUUGAUGAAGUACGUGGACAAGCAGUUCACCGGGGAGAAGAAGAUCGAGGAUACCUGGGUCCUCUUGGUGUGUAUCGGGGCCACCUCAGGCAUUGGACGCUUGGUGUCUGGCCGGAUCAGUGACUCCAUUCCUGGCCUAAAGAAGAUCUACCUACAGGUCAUCGCCUUUAUGCUCCUGGGCCUGAUGUGCGUGAUGAUCCCUCUGUGCAAGGGAUUUGGCGGCCUCAUCGUUGUCUGCCUCUUCCUUGGCCUGUGUGACGGCUUCUUCACCACCAUCAUGGCGCCUGUUGCCUUUGAACUCGUCGGGCCCAUGCAGGCGUCUCAGGCCAUUGGCUACCUCCUAGGCAUGAUGGCACUGCCCAUGACCGCUGGGCCCCCCAUAGCAGGGCUCCUCCACAACUGUUUUGAGAACUACCACGUGGCCUUCUACUUUGCCGGUGUGCCCCCCAUGAUUGGGGGCAUAAUCCUCUUCUUUGUCCCACUGUUCCACCGGAAAAUGCCCAAUAAGCAGGAGAGGGACUCCAGCAAGGACAAGAUGCUGGCCUCGGACACCAUCAUGAACGGAGAGCUGCUGCCCGGGGUCCCUGCCACAGAGGCUCACAUCUAACAGCCUGUCCCCCCCCCCGCCCCCGUGCCUGCCUCCCCCUGGCAUUCACCCUCUGGCCUCCAGCACCUCUCCUUCAACCCCGCCCCGGCAUUUCCUGCACCCCCUCGGGUGCUCUGUGUUCAUUAGCCAAGUCCUUGUACCUUUCCAGUGCCAUGAGAUGGAAAGCAUCUAUGGUGGCUUUUCUUUUGCCUUUUGGAUUUUCUCAUCUCCCAGUGAGGUUGGAUAGGUAUGUUAACAUCCUGGCCCCAGCUUGGAGGCCACCAGUGGAAACCAGCUUCUAGGAGUGGUCCCUCUGGUCCCAGGAGCCUUUGGGGGCAGAUCCAGGCCCCCGAGUGCUGACAAGUUAGUCACCCACAUGGUCCAUCUAUCUUUGGGAGUGGGGGGGAAGGAACAAAUUCAGAUGCCAUUGAAUGCCAGAGUAUCUCACGACUCUUGAGUUAUACCUCUCCUCAAGCUGUUGGGAGCCCCUCACUAGUGGCUCUGAGCACACCAGUGGGAGGCUUUGAUGGUUGGCCAUCCAUCCCCUUUCCCUUGGAGGCAGUUGCUUCUUUCUUCUCCUGUCACUCCGCUUCUUCCCUCCCUUCUUCCCUCUGUUUCUUCUCGUUACAGGGUGCUGGGACAGAGGAGUGAUCCAGCCCACUAAGAAGCCUCUAUUAAGUGCCAGGAACUGUUCUAGGUGCUAGGCCAUGCCCUUCCAAAUAUGGGGUGCUCCAUCCCGUCCAGCACCACGUCCACUCAGUGACAUACAUGGCUCUGUGUGGACCAAGGUCAGUCACAAUAGAGGCUGAUCCCUUCACGAGGGGGCAUUGGACUUUCUUGUUCUAAAUCUUUGAAUUCCACAAACCACAUUUUCCUGGGGUGAGGAUGGCACAGGUAGAGUUUCUACUCUUUGACUAUUGAUCCUCAUGGAUCUUCUGGAUGCCAGGGUCUGAGCUGGGUAGGGAGGAGAGGGCUGUCCUCCAGGAACACCUCCUCUGCCUCGCAUCUCAAGCACAGCAAUCCUUGGGCCCAUUGGGAGCUCCGUCACCCGCUGCCACCAGGGAGCUCAGCAAGUGGAGGGAGCCCGGCUGUUCCAAACCUUUUAACAUUGGCCUGCAUGGGGCCUCUGCUGUCCUCAUUCAGAAACCUCUGGCCAAUGCUGUGGUCAUCACUCCCUUCAUCCCUAGGCUGGACCCCUUCCAUAAACAUAUAGCAGAGGGAAAUCCAUAGUUAAUUCAGACCAUUACCAAGGAGACAAUUGACCUUCUCUGAUCUAAACUGACCUCAGAAACUUUGCCCCAGGUCCUCAUGCCUCCCUCCUCUAGUUACUACAAGAAGCCCUGUGUACAUAACUUUUUGCUCACAGCUGAGUCCUGUACCACUCCAUUAAGAAUACAGAAUCCAAGCCCCUGGUUGGUCGUCAACUAAUCUAACCUUGGUCAAGUCCCUUCCCCUCUCUGAGGCUCAAUUUCCUCUUGUAAAAGUAUUUUUCAGCUCUGUCUAAGAACCUAUCUCUGACUCUGCAAUGACAGGUCAGCAUUAUGGGGAAAGGGCUGCCCCUGCACCCCGUCCCAGAGCUG